CACUGUGCGUCUCUCGUGUUAAGAUGCAGCUAAACGUUAUUGGCUGAAAGUACACAGUCACCGUCAUCACUAAACAGCCCGUGACAUAAGUUAUUUUCUAGAUGUCACCACUCCCCCGCCCCCUUUUUGACUCAAGCAUGCACUGUCUUCGUUCUGAUUGUUUGGUGGGGGGUCCUAAGAAAGUGGGCUGUUCAGUGGUUCAUAUUUGGCUUCACUUUGGCGGAGGUCUCUCUUUCUCGACGUCCUCUGGAGCCGGCCGGACGCUGAAGUUCCCCUACCUGCGCAGAACACGUCGCCUGCACACUCGUGGUCGUCGACGUCGCAGUGCACUGAAGUCUACGCACUGCGCCAAGUUCACUGGAAACGGUCAACGGACAGAGAGAAACCUCACCAAAGAUUGAUUUCAUCAGCUGAAAUGCCUUUAAGGGGAAUCCGAUUUGCCCAGCUUCUACCAAUCUUCUGCGCACUCUGCCAGCUCACCACAGCCUUCCCAGCCACCCACUAUGCCCAAGACCACGGCCCCAAGCUCCAGGUAGACAUCCCCCCCCCGGCGGUCUUCUCCGUCCCGCUGGGCAGCUCCAUCGCCAUCCCCUGCUCCAUAUCCACCACGACCUCCGACCCUUCCCCGUCCCCCGCCCUGCCCCCCCGGGUCAAGUGGACCCUGGUGGCGGGCGGCGUGGAGACGGAGAUCCUGGUGGCGCGGGGCGAGAGGGUGAAGGUCAACGAGGCGUACCGGGACCGGGCGGCGCUGCUCAACUACACGGCGUCCCCUCUGGACGACCUGACGCUGUGGCUGGGCGAGCUGCGCGCCAGCGACACCGGCCACUACCGCUGCGAGGUCCAGCGCGGCCUGGAGGACGCCAGCGACUUCGUGGAGCUCAAGGUCAAAGGCGUUGUGUUCCACUACAGAGAGGCAUCUGGCCGCUACGCCUUCUCCUUCCAGCAGGCGCAGAGGGCAUGUGAGGACAUCGGAGCCCACAUGGCAACUCCAGACCAGCUGCUGGCUGCUUAUUAUGAUGGCUACGAGCAGUGUGACGCCGGCUGGCUGGCCGACCAGUCCGUCAGGUAUCCCAUCCAGGUGCCUCGGGAAGGUUGCUUUGGGGACAUGGACGGAAAACCGGGAGUAAGGAACUAUGGGUCUAUGGAUCCAAAGGACCUCUAUGAUGUGUACUGUUAUGUGGAGCAGAUUGAUGGGGAGGUGUUCCACGACCCUCUCCCCCAGGCCCUGUCCUACGAGGGGGCGCGGGCCUACUGCCAGCGGGCCGGCGCGGCGCUGGCCUCCACCGCCCAGCUGUACGCGGCCUGGAGCGACGGGCUGGACCGCUGCAGCCCCGGCUGGCUGGCCGACGGCAGCGUGCGCUACCCCAUCCUCACCCCCAGGGAGCGCUGCGGGGGACCCCAGGCCGGGGUGAAGACCCUGUAUCGCUUCACCAACCAGACAGGCUUCCCAGAGCGCUCCGCCCUCCACGACGUCUACUGCUUCCGAGCUCUCGGCGACGUGCAGACCGACUCUCCACCCGACUACGCGGCCACGGAGCCCGAGGACAUGGGCCAGGACGUGGUGGUCCUCCUGCGGCCCGUGGAGGAGCUGCAGCUCAAGCAGCAGUACGACCACAAGGAGCGAGAGGCUCAGAGCGCGCUGGAGUCCCUCCCCAUCUCCCCGGAGCCGACCGUCCAGGGGCGAUCCCUGGCACCGGGCGACGCCGAGACCACGCGCCUCCUCAACACCACCUCCCUGACGGAGCUCCUCCCGCCCUUUGACAAGACAGGGAACGAUUCUACGACCACCACCACCGCCGCCGCCACCUCGACACCGGUGCCUGCUACCGGCGCCACCGCAGACGAUACUGACCGUCCCCUUUGGUCCAGCACACUGUGGCCUGACGGCGAUAAUGUGACGGAUACCAGCCACAACGCCAGCACCGGCCUUUACCAAGCGGAGCUGGAGGAAACCGUCCAAUCGCUGGAGUUCCCCGAGCCGUCGUACGAGCCUCACAGGCAUUACCAGCCGAUGCCAGAUGUCAAUCUGGAAGAGCAUCAGUCUCAGCUGUCAGAUGGCUCCAAGCAUUUCCAGCCGAUGCCCGAGACCAAUUUGGACGUGGAGGAACGCUCGGAAGGUAACGACAGCAGUCCAGACAUCGACCAGAGCGAAGAGGUCUUGGACGGGGUCCCGUCCACGACCCUUGUGCUUGAUUUGAACCUGGAAGAGACCGAACGAACGACCGAAAGGCAGCAAGCGUCCUCAUCGAGCCGGCCCACAGGAGAGGUAGCAGGACGCGUGCUCCUGACCUCCACCGGGUCUCCGACCAGGGAGUCCACCUCCCUGUGGUUCCCCGACGAAGGGUCGGCCGAAGAUUCUCAAGAAAACGUCUCUGAUGGACAAAACACCAGUUCAAUGGCAUCAACCAUCGUGCCAGUAGCCUUCACCUCACCCGUCUCUUCGACUCACCUCGCCCCGUCCUCCGCCACAGUGGUGGUCACUCCAACUGACCUCCCAUCUGAAGGCCCAGGAGCAACCCUCUUGUCUCCUCCGGAGGUCUCUGAGGCCGAGCUCCCUCAGGUGGUGUACUCCGCGGUCGUCAACCCCUGGGAGAUCUCAACCAGUCAGGAAGGCAGCGGGAGCUCAGAAUACGACGAUCUGAUGGGGGCCACCUCCGCCUCCAACACCAUCAAUGCGACCACCACCACCCCCGCCAGCACCAAUGCGACCACCACCAAUGCGACCACCACCAAUGCGACCACCACCAAUGCGACCACCACCAAUGCAACCACCACCAAUGCGACCACCACCAAUGCGACCACCACCAAUGCGACCACCACCAAUGCGACCUCCACCACAACCACCACCUCCACCUCCAACCCCACCAAUAUAGUCAUCACAGCCACCGCCCCCACCACCACCACAACACAGGAGGCGCAUCCCACCGGAGCGGUGUCGUCUGUGGGCAGCACCGUCCACGAAACAGCCGUGAGUUCCACUGAGACUCCGGAGAGGAAGGUCAACGGCGCCCGACAGACCGCCGGCCCCACUGCAGCGGUCCCCCGCGGGGAGGCCGGGGCCGACCCGACGUCGGCCUUCACAGGGGCCCCCACAGCGGGACCCCGGGCCGCACUCCGGGAGCUCGGGUCCACCUCCACACCGAGCGACAGCUCCCCGGAGGACGAAGAGCUGGCCGGCUUCCCCAUCAACACCCAGAGCCCCGGCGGGACUCUCCCCCAGGCCACCUCCACGGCGCAGGAGUCCCUGCUGGCCCCCGAACACAGCAGGGAGGCGCCCUCUCUCUUCUCCGUGGUGACCCGAAAGGUCCCCGGGGACGGCGAGCAGUUCAGCGUGUGGUCGAACACGCGGAGCCCCGUGGCGUCGACGCCGGCCAAGGUUUCCCGCAAGACCCCCGGGCCGUCGCCGCCAUCGCCGCAGACGACCACCUUUCUGCCCCCGGUGAACCAAGGGCGGGUUGACGAGCAGUUCAUGCUCACGCAGCCGCCCACACUGCUCAUCUUGCCCAAUGAGAGGGCUGCUGUGGGCAGCGCAGGGAACCCCUCAGAUGCAUGUCUGCUGGAGCCCUGUCUCAACGGGGGGACGUGUGUGGAUCACAGCGGCCGCGUGCAGUGCCUCUGUCUGCCCAGCUACGGAGGGGACUUCUGCCAAACCGACGUGCACCGGUGUGAGCCGGGCUGGGAUAAGUUCCAGGGCUUCUGCUACCGCCACUACGGCCAGCGUCUGAGCUGGGAGGUGGCCGAGCUGCACUGCCGCAUGGCCGGGGCCCACCUGGUGUCCAUCAUGAGCCCCGAGGAGCAGACCUUCCUCAACAGUAAAUACGAAGAGUACCAAUGGACCGGGUUGAAUGACAAGACCAUCGAAGGAGACUUCCGCUGGUCUGAUGGAAACCCCCUGCUCUAUGACAACUGGCACAGAGGGCAGCCAGACAGCUACUUCCUGUCCGGGGAAGACUGUGUGGUGAUGAUGUGGCACAAUGGUGGACGAUGGAGCGACGUGCCGUGUAACUAUCACCUGGCAUACACCUGCAAGAAAGGCACCACGCUGUGCGGCCCACCGCCUAAAGUGAAGAACGCCUCCAUUUAUGGAAGAGUGGUGCAGAGGUACCAGACGGGGGCGUCUGUGCGCUACCACUGCGCCGAAGGCUUCCGGCAGAGGAGAUACCCCCUGGUCAGCUGCCUGUCAGGGGGCGUGUGGGAGGAGCCUCGGAUCCAAUGUGUCCCAGUCGGUGGGAGGAUGUUGGAGGCAGCGGGUCACAUCUAUUCAUCCACCGGAGUGAUGUUCGCGGCUGUCCAAGACGAUGUUGACGAUGAAGCCACAACGACAGAGGCGUCGCCACAGUAUUGGGACAUCAAGUUUUAAACCGACAACUGCUUUAGAGCCCAUCUUUUUGAUUGUGCAUUGACAUAUGCUAUAAUGACGCUUCCAAACAAAACAUAAGCAGUAAGCAGUUAGACCACCGUUUUGUAAUGCUGAGACAUGUUGUUCUUAACUGAAAAAAAAAAGGAGCUGGGUUUUUUAUACUUUCUACUGAUUUCUUCUUUGUGAAAUUGGAUACACCCAUCCAAGGAAACCCUGCUGUGUCCAAAGCAAUAAGAUGAUGUUGCACCUAGUGCCCUUCGCCACUAGAUGGUACUAUUGCGCCAUAGAAGCCUUGUACGUCUACUGAAUAAUUUGGUUGAUCGUGUUGAAUUAGAAAUAUUUUCAAACCGAUGAAUUUAAAGGUGGAUUUAGAGUAGGCUAUUAUUCAAAACAGAAAACAAAAUGUACAACCUGUAGACCAAUUAUGUUUUUAUAUUCAGCCCAUGGUUCUUAGCUAGCCAUGCAUGAAACACAACAAAUCAAAACCGUCAAUACUUUUCCUAUCAUUUGUUGUGGGGAACCUUUGCCGACACAGCUUUGUCCAUCAACUUUAUGUUAUAAUAAAGUUCUGUAGGACAGCGCGGUGAUUAAAAUACAUUUCUUAAACCAUAA